GUUCAAUCCUCAGCACCACAUAAAAAUAAAUAUGUGAAAUAAAGGUAUUGUGUCCAACUUCAACUAAAAAGAUAAAUAUUUAAAUAAUAAUUUAUAAGCGUCUGUUAUAUAUGUUAUGAAAUUCAAUUUAUCUGUCAUUAAUAUUUUAUCUUUUUACACUGUUUUGCUGCAUGAAAGGUUUACAUUUUUAUAUGUUAAGUUUAUCUGCAUAUUUAUUUAUGGCUUUGGAUUUUAUCAUGUGCUGUGGUAUGGCUCUUUAUUGCCCCCCCCAAAAAAGCUCAUGUUUUGAAAGCAUGGUCACCAGUACAUCCAAGAAUUUUAAGUUAUGAUUAGGGCUCUAAUCUUGUUAGUGGAUUAAUUAAUAUGUUGGAUUAAUCGGUCGAUAGUUCAAUCGAAUACUGAAGGAUGGGUCAUUGUUCACUGGGGCAUGCCCUGAAAGGGUUUAUCUAGUCUCUUGCCUUUUCCCCUCUCCCUCUCCUCUCCUCUCUCCUCCCCUCCCCUCUUCCUCUUCCUCUUCUUCCUCCCCCUCCUACUCUUCCUCCUUCCUUCCUUUCUUCCUUCCUUCCUUCCUCUCCCCCACAUUCUCCCUCUCUCUCUCUCUCUUUCCCUCUCUUCCCUUUUCCCUCCCUCCCUCUUCCUGGCUGUCAUAAACUCAGCAGCUUUGUUCCACUAUGCCUUUCUGCCAUGAUGCUCUGUCCCACCUCAGAUGUAAAGCAAUAGAGUCACCUGACCAUGGACUGAGACCUCUGAAACUGUGAGCACAAAAUAAGCUUUUCCUACUCUAGGUUGCUCUUAUCAGGUAUUUUGGACAGUGAUGAACACAUGCUUAGAAUAUAUUUUUCUAUACCAAGAUUAUAAAAAUAUCCAUUCAUAUUUUAUCCAUAUAGUCCUGACUCCAUAUAGAAUUGUUUUGCAGCACUGGGGAUCAAACCCAAGACCUCAUUCAUACUAUGCAAGUACCAUACACCCCCAGCCCCAUAUGAUAGGAAAGGCCAUAUUUAUCGUGUAUCAUGUAUUAAAGUCCCAUAUAUACACUAUUAUAAGAUGUAGCAAAUACCUUGUGGCAAACAAAAUGUCUUAGAAUUCUUCAAGCCUAAGAAAGUAUAACUACAGUAAGAAUGGUUUUCAGUAUCAACCCAGAUGUACAUGCAGGGAUAGAAAAAAGAUGUCUGGGUGCUUAGCUGUUGAAUAGAGAGUCAAAUACAGUUGAUGAUAUAAUAAAGAGUGGUAGAAUUCUGUCUGGAACUCCAUAGGCCUAAAGGAAAGACUCUGGCAACCUUCUUAAGACCGCUGUACUCUUGAGUGCUGAGGUCCAAUUCUAUGGCUUCUCUGGAUACCUUGGUGUUCAGUUAACUUUCAGGUAAGUGGCUCCCCACCAGGCAUGAUUAAGGUAUAUCAGCAAGUAAAUGAAUGUAUCACUUAUGAAUGUCUUUGGUAAUAGCCCAAAAUAUAAUGGAUCAAAUAGGGGUUUAUUAUUAUUAUAGUAAAAAUGAGGGUGAAUCCAAAUGAUCAAGAGAAGACUAUGAAGUCAGAGAAGUAACUAGGAUCAUAAUCUGACCUACAAUUUAAUGAGAUCUGUUUGGCUUCUCAGUAGAGAAGGGAGUGAAGGGAGGCAGAGGUGAUGGUGGGUACCAGUAGAAGUAAUGUUAAGUGGAAGGAUUCUGGAUAUAUUUUAUAGAUACAUCUGACAGGAUUUUUUCUGGUAGGUAAGGUGAGGAAGUGAAAGAGUCAAAGAUGAUGCACAAGCACUGGCUUGAACAGCUGAAAAGUUUCCCAUUGAGUAAGUUUUGGAAGGUUCAUAGGGGAGCAGUAUAGACAUCUGACCUGACACAGUAUAGUAAGGUUUGUUUUGCUUUGAUGUUAGAGUGGGAAUACGUUUUACUUUGGACCACUGAGCAUGUUCAGGAUUCAUCCACAUAAGUCAGUGAAUUAUCUGUGUGAAAGGUGGGAAGCUUUUUUCAAUAAGAACUAACCACCUUCCCUCUCAAAAAAAAAAGAAGAAGAACUAAACCCUUGCUUUCUAACUUUUCAGACAAAGCUGCUGUGGAAAGAACUAAGGACAAAGAAAUUUCCCUUUGGCAGAGUAAGAGUCCAUGGAGCCCCAGAAGCUGCUGAGCAUUGUAUUUCUGUUGUGUUCACUGACUUGCUCCUUGUUGGCGACAGCAGCUUCCCCUCCUUCGCCAUUAUAUGAUUUUGGAAUUCAAGAAAACGCAGGACUGAAACCACGCUCAAGGGGUGUGUUUGCUGUUAGGAUGAAUGUUCCUAUCUUCGUAAGACAUAAGACUCAUGUUGCAGGAGACCAGAGGUCUUGGCUGAGCGACUUCUGGGAUUACCUGUGGGACCUCAUCAUGAGCUCCAUACCUCCAGCAGCCAUUUUUGCUUUUCUUAUCACCGUAGCACUAAUGGGGACCCUCUGUUGCCUAACGGUCAAUAUGCCAACAUAUUGAUGCAGACACCAAGUUCCUUAAUAAGACUUCUAAAACUCAAGAAAUGAAGCCAGAAUCAGUAAUUGAGACAGCCUUGAAUCAAAAAAUUUCCACACAACAGAGGAAACAAGAGCAGGAAGAGAACCUACAGAAUGGAAGAAAUUAUUUGGCUGCUACUCUUCUGAAAAGGGAUUAAUGUCUAGAAUAUAUCAACAAGUUAAAUAAUUAACAAACUGGGUGUGGUGGCACUUGCCUGUAAUCCCAGUGGCUUGGGAGACUGAAGCAAGAGGAUUGAUUGCAAGUUGAAAGCCAGUGUCAGCAACUUAAGUGAGGCCUUGUGUCAAAAUGACAAUUUAAAAAAGCUGGGGAUGUGGCUGUGUGGUUGAUUGUCCCUGGGCUCAAACUAUGGUUCCCGUACCCCUCAAAAAAGACAUGGAAAAAAAAGUGGUUAUUGAGGCA